CCUAAUUUUAAAUUUUGGAUGAACUAACCCUUUAAGUACUUUUAAAAGCAUGUACUUUCGUACUUUUACUUAAAUAAAAAAAAAAUCUGUCUUUAACAAAUUUCACUUGUAGUGGAGUUGUAUUUGACCAGUAGCCUAGUAUCUGUACUUUCACUCAGGUAAUGAAGUUGUGUAAUUUGUCCGCCUCUACAAAGCGCGUUUCUUUGUUUGGUUGUGUUGUGAGAAUUUGCAGUGCGUUUGCUUGUUAAAUUGAUGAAUUAGUUUUCUUAAUUUGCAGGGGGUUUUUUUCUUUGCUUGCAGUGCGUUUGCUUAUUUGGUUGUGUUGUGAGCAAUUGCAGUGCGUGUGUUGUCAAAUUGAUGAAGUUGUUUUCUUAAUUUGCAGGUGUUUUUUAUUAUUUAUUUGCAGCGCGUUGAGCUCUCUCGACUACCGUAAGAAUUUGAAUUGAGAUGAUUCUUUACGGGAUGUGCCACAUUCACACAUAAAGGAUGAGCCAGAGGUCAUCAUCUCGGUUGGACAAUGCUCCUCUCUCUCCCAAUUAAUAUAUAUAUUUCUAUCUCCUUCACUUGCUCGCUCUCGUUUACCCCUGCAAAUUCCUCAUACAAACCUCAAUCACGUAUGAUUGCGUAGAGAGAGAGAGAGACAGAGAGAGAGAGAGACUAUCACACCCUAUUCACUGGCUCACUGUCAGUGUGAGACAAGCAGGAUCUCGAUUUUACAGCAUUCCUUCAAACAGCUUCGCAAGGAUUCGCAGUGUUCUCGCUGUUCUAGACACCUGACCUUUUAAAUUACAACUCGUUUUGAACAAAAUAAGAAAUUUCGACGUGAAUAACAAUGCAAUGAACUCUACCAGAAGAACUACAGAGCUGUAAAAUAACUAGAAGAGCCCAGAUGUUCCGUGAAGUUGUGCGCGCGUCACUCAAAACCUAUAGAGCCCGAGAACGCGCUUUCCUGUGUCAUGGACUCCAUUUAUUAUCCGGAUUCAUGCAAAGUUAUCUGGAAUAAACUAGAUACGUGGAUCAUGUAGCAGUCGCCUGAAAGCGGAAUUACGCGUCUGCUGUCUUCAGCACCUGGAAUACCUGCGUUACCCAUGCUUUAUAGGACGUAUUUUUAAUUGUUCUUUUAAUUUUUUAUUUUAUUUUAUUGUUGCUAUUAUUAUUAUUUUUUUAUUAUUUUUAUUAAUAUUCUUAUUUUUUGCUUCUAAUAUUUAGAACGGAAAAUGUGAUUUAUGUAAUCGUGUGUGAAACUCACAGCCGUCUGGGUAGAUCGUCUAAGAAGAGGAUGAGAUUUCAGUUCCAAUACACAGGAUCCUCUGGAUUUUUUGCAAGGAAUCGGAAUGAGAUCGGGCUAAUUUUGCGCAGACAAUCCAGUCUUUUUUAUUAUUUCCAGUUACUGCGUUAACAGCUGCAACUGCCAAACAGCUCGUUUAACUGAAUACUCGAGAUGGCCGCGAUCGCCAGUUCUCUGAUCCGACAAAAACGCCAGGCGCGGGAAUCCAACAGCGAUCGGGUAUCUGCCUCUAAACGCCGCCCCAGUCCCAGCAAAGACCCCCGCUCUCUCUGCGAGCGACAUUUCCUGGGGGUCUUCAGUAAAGUCCGCUUCUGCAGCGGCAAGAAAAUACCUGUUCGCCGGCGACCAGAUGCGCCCUCGAAACCUCCACAGGUGUCCCGUAAGGGCAUCAGGCUAGAGCCGCAGCUGAAAGGCAUUGUGACACGACUGUUCAGCCAGCAGGGUUUUUACCUACAGAUGCAGCCAGAUGGAACCAUCGAUGGCAUCAAGGAUGAAAACAGCGACUACACUCUUUUCAACCUCAUCCCUGUCGGCUUAAGGGUGGUGGCCAUUCAGGGAGUCAAAGCAGGUUUCUACAUCGGCAUGAAUGCGGAGGGCUUCCUCUACAACUCAGAGAUGUUCACACCUGAAUGUAAAUUCAAGGAGUCUGUGUUUGAGAACUACUACGUGAUCUACUCAUCCACCAUGUACCGUCAACAGGAGUCGGGUCGAGCCUGGUUCCUGGGCCUCACCAAGGAGGGUCAGGUCAUGAAAGGCAACCGAGUAAAGAAAACCAAGCCCUCUUCACACUUUGUACCAAGACCCAUUGAAGUUUGCAUGUACAGAGAACCUUCGCUGCAUGAGAUUGAAGAGAAGCAACGCUCCAGGAAAAGCUCAGGAACCCCAACAAUGAACGGAGGCAAAGUGGUCAACCAGAACUCCACAUAGCAGGGCCCAAACACAGGAGGCUACUGAGAGAGAGUAGCCCUUUCCCCUUGCCCUUACGCCUCCAACCACGGGAAUAGUACAACACGCUACAAUAAGAUGACAAACUGAACUCUUGCCUGAGAAAACUGUUAGAAGAACACAGAGGGGGGAAAAGAGAAAUAAGAGAAAUAAAUGUUACCAUUACAAUCAGGAGCUGAACUCACAUUUAAUGCAAAAAAAAAAAAAAAAAAAAAAUUAAUUGGACAGUCAUUUGACUGACAACAAUAGGAAUAUUAUUUGGGGUUCAUGUUGUGAGAAAUUAUUUAUGCUUUGCUGUUAUCAAGAAAAUUGGGAAUAUUUCUAUCAUUGCUCAGUGUCAUUACAAUUGUUUCUGUUUGUGAAUAUUAUGCAGAUUUUACCAAGUGUUUUGGCUUUUUAUUUAUUUAUUUAUAUUUUGGUAUACCCUAAGAGGUAAAGGUAAAUGCACUUUGUAAAUCCAAAUUAUUGGAACAUCAGGAGGGUUAAUGUAGGAUGUAUGCUCAUUCCAGAAGCUUUUUGGAUCUUAGAGCAUUUUGCUGCUUAUUCAUUUUGGUAUGAGGUAUAUGAAUAUCCACUUAAACACUUCUUCAAAAAUCUUGCCUGCCUUGAUGCACAUAUCCAGCACAAGUACACUGUAUGUGUGUAUGCUCAACACCUCCAAACUGCAACUUGGUUUCAGCUGGAGCAUGACACUAUGUUACAAUAGACAGCUAAGCUUUAAAUAAGUAGAUGAUUUCUUGUGAAUUAUCCACAAAUACCCUUUCACUCAUGCAAACUUAGCCCUAAAAGUGUGAUUGCUGACACCAACUCUGUCCAGUCCAAAGCACAAAGAAUUCUGGUUUCCAGGAAGUCUGCCUUGACAGGUGGGUGGAUUGUGGACUAGGAGGAGUUUGUCAUUCAUAAGUCUUCCAAUAAAAAUGGCAUGAGAGCUGUGCCCAAAUAUGCAGCAAUGAGGUGCAACAAAACAAAGAGAGUUAUGGUGUAAAUGCAUAAGUCCUCUGAAAGUGUGUUUGUGGUUAACUGAGGAAUGAUCAAAUGAAUAGCACAUAUAUGGGAUAAAGAGUGUAAAAACAGGCACGCAAUGCAAAGAUUGUCCAGAUAAACUGGGUUUCCAGAAAAGAAAACUCUGUACUUUUGCUCUGUACAAACAAAAUUCUUUAUUUUUCAUGUUUGCAGAUGUUUUCACCUUAAUGGAAAACUAUCAUUUAUGCAUUAUGAAUAAUGAGAUAUAUAAAAUAUGCACUGAUAUAAAACAGAAUGAAAUUAGGAUUGUUUAAGAAUAAAAGUAUGAUACUUAAAGCUUU